AUGUUACCACUAUUGGCUCUUCUGCCCGUCGUCUUGGCCGAAUCAUUCUGGAUGACAGCCGAGCUGCUACGGGUAGAUUGGAAAGAGGGAUGUCUGAAUACUGGUGGUUGUUCUCAACCCAGAUUCAAGAUACUUGAGGAUAUGCUCCCACUCAAUGAAAAGGUUUCCAUCAGCUGGCCAGUAUCGGAGCAUUUCGUGCAGGAUGCUGCACGCUCUUUUGUUUCUCACUGGUCAAAAGGAAGACCAGAAGAUCUGACUCUCUCCUGCCAAGUGGUCGGCACUGAUCCAACCUAUGGCUUUCCCAGAAUCUGUGAUCAGACUGCGUCAAUCCGCGUUUUACGAGAAGGAGAUGCUGAAGCAUUCGAAUCUAAUCGACGUCAUCAUCAGCCUUUGGUGACCACAGCGCUGCCCGAAGAGGAACUGGGCAAGAAGGUAGUUGAAAUUCGAGCCAAGUGCUUCAAUGUCACCGUAGCGGUGCAGAAGCACACAGAGAGAUGUCCGUGGUGCCCUGAUCCGUCAGACGUGACUCUUAUUGAACAGAGGGUACCAGUAGAUGCUUCGCCAGCUCUUAUAACCUCGAUUUUUCCGCAGUUGUCUGGUGAAGAUAAGAUCUUGCACGCAUCAGUGCUAGUACUGGCAGUGAUCACUGUUUUGACGACGUUAGGCUUCGCCUGCGUAUUAAUUGCUUUUCUCCGGCAAAAAAGAAAUCACCGUCAGAUUUCUGUGAAACCUCGCUACCAGCCAUGUUCUCCAACUGUCUGCAAAAUGAAGGAAGAAAAUAAAUACGACACACCAUGGGAACAUUCUCGCCAACUUACCUACUGGCUGACUUCUUCUUCAAAAUCCGAAGCAACGACGACAUCACCGUUGGCAUCUGCUUCUUCUCUCGGCAAUUCUUCGUUCGGCACUUCACAUGGCUUUCGAGCCGGAUGUGCGAUACCUCAGACACAACUUCACACCUCCACUCUUCGAAUGCCUCAAUAG